AGGUUUGAUUUACAAAGUAUUGUAUUCAAUAAUCAAACAUACAGUGUAGUUAUAGCAAAAGAAGCUCAGCGCUUACAUUAAUUCUUUUCCGAAAGUUGGGUAAGGAUUGGUUCGCAAUAUUAAAAGGAAGGAGAAGUGAAAAAAGCAGAGGAGAGUACGAGUGUUGAAAGAGGGAUAUGAGGAUGAAAGGAGCGAAGAGACACGAACUGGAGAGGAAACAGGGGCGAGGCAAUUAAAAGUUAUUUCUUCAAAUCCUCGUCAUGAAGAUACUUGUCUACGUGUUUUUGGUCGCUUGCCUUUUGACGCUGACAGAGGGCGCUGUCGACGUCUGUCCGCCCAAUGACAACUCCGUGUAUCCAGCCGACAAAUGUUCCUGUGUAAAAGGUGACCUUCUUUGUCAAAAUCUGACCUCCUGGCCCCCUCUCAGUGCACCAGUAGAGCUGAAUAUCCUUACAAUUACUAACAGUCAUGGUCUUGUCAUCCACAACAAUACGUUCCAGUCGUUAACGGUAGAUAGACUUACCAUCACACAUUCCCAACUCAGAAAUAAUGAUUUUGAAGAGAACGCGUUUGGCGGCUUACUUGUGAAUGACCUUGACCUGAGCCACAACAGACUUGGCGAAAUUCCCAAUGCCGUGAGGCACAUCACAGCAUUAAAGGGGCUUGACGUCUCCUUUAAUGGUAUAUCGGGGUUUGAAGAUGCUAAUCACAUCGAGACCAUGAAGCAGAUAGGUAAUACACUGGUGCGAUUUGCGUUUGGGUCUACACCGGAUAUUGACACUUGGCCGACGACACUUAAGUAUUUUCCAAGACUUGAGGAGUUGAACUGUACUGCAGCAGACUUUUCUCUUAUGCCUAUCAACUCCUUUUACGGCUUCGAGAACACGCUACGAAAGCUCAACAUUAGUAACACGUACCUGUACUCUGUACCCCUGGCGGUGGGUCGACUGAACUACCUCACGGAGCUCUCCCUAAAUCAUAACCAUCUGAUCGGAGACUUCGGUAUGAAUGUCCCAAUAGUGAGUACAUAUCUUACACACCUGUCCAAAAUUUCACUCGACGAUGAUAACAUAACAAUGUUCCCAAAUAUCCUCGGGGUAUUUCGAAAUCUUACAGAAAUUUCCAUGAACGGAAAUAACCUGAAGUUUGUGAGUGAGGAAUCCGCGAAAUCGAUCCACAAGAUCACACAUCUAAGUCUUCGCAAUUGCGGAAUCACCCGAAUCCCUGGCACGCUUCAGUAUAUUAGUUCGCUCGAAUCAGUAGACCUUUCUGAAAACGGUAUCCACACCAUUGAACGAAAGGACUUGCAGGAACUCACCAAUUUAAAGGAACUAAAGCUGAACGACAAUCCGAUUAUCUACCUCUCCGACAACGCCUUUAAUAAGUCGGAAAACAUCAACUUGGUCGAGAUGCGGAACACAAAUCUCACGAAGAUUCCGUGCGGCCUGAAAAUCUUAAGACUUGUUAAGCAUGAUCUCACUCUCGACUUCAGAUUCAAUAAAAUCGAGUGCACUUGUGCAUUACGAUGGCUGUACGACUGGAAAAAUGGAGGUUAUGGAACAAUUAGUCACAAUCUAAACAUUUUAGGAGACUGCGUGACAAUACAGAGCUCGCUACAGGACUACCUUGAGAACAACCUGGCCGACUGUCCAACUUAUAACAGCUGUGGUAUGUAGUGCUACACACUACUGGGACCAAUCCAUACAAACAAGUUGAGGUGAAAAUAAGAUUUAAAAAAAGAAGUUGUAUUUCUUAUGUGUUUGAUUAACCUUAACGCAUUAAAUGAAAGUCUUUAU